CCCUUACUUACUUAUUUAUCGCCUUCCACUCUUUCUCCCUCUUCCGUCUCUCUCUUCCUUCUCGGCUGAUAUUUCAGCCAUGCUCAUCCCCUUCCUUGCCCUCGCUUCUCUGUCCCGAAUAACCACAGCCCAGCUCACACCGUCUCCCACUUAUUCUCCUCCAACCUCCUCUGCAGGACUCACAGCCUCCAGCGAAACACCCAACACACAAUGGUCCAAUAUCCUUGGUAACUCCCUUUGGUUCUACGAUGCCCAAAGGUCAGGUAGAUUAGAUGAAGGAACAUAUGGGAACAGAGUAGACUGGAGGAAUGAUAGCGCUUUAGAAGAUGGGAGUGAUUGGGGUUUGGACCUUGUCGGCGGAUGGUAUGAUGCGGGUGACUACAUCAAGGCGACAUUUCCUUUGAGUUUUACCUUAUUUGCGCUCUCCUGGGGGGCGUUGACGCAUGGCCAAGGAUAUGGCCUUGCCAACCAAACAGCCUAUCUCGAUGGGACCUUGCGAUGGGGUUUUGAUUGGCUUAUGAAGGCACACCCAUCGGAUGAUGUGCUGUUUAUCCAAGUUGGUUCUGGGGAUGUCGACAACAAUUACUGGGGCGGGGACCAGGACAUUCCAAGUCCUCGCCCGGGGUACCCAAUCAACUCUUCUUACCCUGGUACAGAUGGCUGGGCCGCUGCCUCUGCCGCCUUUUCACUAGGUUCCCUCCUUUACACACCAGGCGUCUCGUACAGACCCACUUCAUCGUCCUCUCCUCCAACCUCACCUUCAUUGGAAAACUCCACUUAUGCGUCUCAGCUGUUGGCACACGCUGAGUCGCUUUACUCUGUCGCCAACUCUACCACCCCUCGACAAACUUACUACGCGGCUUUAGGUGAUGAAGUUGCCGCUUACGCCUCUUCCGACUGGCGAGAUAACCUCUGUGCAUCUGCUCUGGCUCUGGCACUGGCGACAAACAACUCUGCGUACUACGCCGAUGCAUACAACUAUUAUGUCCAAUAUGGGCUGUCAGGCACACAUGAAGUUUGGAACUGGGAUUCGUCACAGCCGGCAAUUUAUGUCAUGUUUGCGGAAAUUGCGAGCGCAAAGCCCGAGUUAGCGCAAGGAGCUGGACUCGACGUGAACUUGACUGGAUGGCAGACUGAAGUCGAGAACUACUUUGAUGGGCUUAUCAAAGAGGAUUUCAGUAAUUCUUACUUGACCGAAGGGGGAUUACUCUAUUGGGAUGGCGACUCUGACGAGGCGUCCUUGAACCCUGCCAUGGCUGCCGCUAUGCUCAUGUUCAAGUACGCACCCAUGGCCUCUUCAACCGACAAGACCAACUCUUACAAUUCAUUCGCUCAAUCCCAACUCAACUACCUGCUCGGCUCCAACCCCAUGUCAGUCCCUUACAUCGUUGGGCAACACCCGAAUUCCCCAUCCAACCCCCACUCUGCCCCCGCUUCUGGUGGCUUCAACAUAAAUAAUAUCCGUGACGACCCUCCCACCGAGGCGCACGUGUUAUAUGGUGCGGUGGUGGGUGGACCGUUGAGCAGUGAUCAAUUUUGGGAUUGGAGAGACGAUUGGGUGCAGACGGAGAUAGCAUUGGAUUAUAACGCGAUGAUUCCAACUCUCGCCUCUAUGCAGCUUAUGAACAACACUGCCGAUCCACCUUAUGUCGACAUCGCUGCAGGCACAUACUCCAUCCCCUCUGGCCAACCUUGUGAUGCAGCUCUUCCAUGCCGCGGUGGCGGCGGUCUUAGCGGUGGUGAGAUUGCAGGGAUUGUUGUGGGUGUUAUUGUGGGUGUGGUCUUGUUGGUGAUUGUGGGCGUUUGGUGGUGGUGGAGGAAGAGGGGAAAGAGAUGGGGUAGUAAGUGGUAAGUAGGAAGCGAGGAUUGCGGCGCAGUUUGGUGGACAUUUGGUUUUUUGUUGUGUCAUCAUAAUGGAUUUAUAAAGUCAAGCCUAUGUAUCCGUGUUUUUGUA